AUGCAGGUCUCCUUUGUGUGCUCCGAGCACAGCAUCAAGAGCCGGAGCGCGGAGGACCGGUUGAACCGACAGAAUGCCGGCAGCCCCAGCCUCGGCACCCGUGGCAAGUUCCGGGCGGUGGCCAUGGUGGCCCGCAGCCUGGGGCAGCUCUCGGUGCAGAACGCUCCCUCCUCCAGCGAGUCCAGCAUCAAGCAGCCGGGGAUGAAAUACCGGAACCUCGGGAAGUCGGGGCUGCGUGUGUCCUGCCUGGGCCUGGGGACGUGGGUGACUUUUGGAGGGCAAAUCACAGAUGAGAUGGCAGAGCAGCUGAUGACUUUAGCCUACGACAACGGCAUUAAUCUCUUUGACACGGCAGAAGUCUACGCUGCCGGCAAGGCCGAGGUGGUGCUGGGGAACAUCAUCAAGAAGAAAGGGUGGAGACGGUCCAGCCUGGUCAUCACCACCAAAAUCUUCUGGGGAGGAAAGGCUGAGACGGAGAGGGGCCUGUCCCGAAAGCACAUCAUAGAAGGUCUGAAGGCGUCACUGGAACGGCUGCAGCUGGAGUACGUGGAUGUGGUGUUCGCCAACCGGCCCGAUCCCAACACACCAAUGGAAGAGACGGUGCGAGCCAUGACCCAUGUCAUCAACCAGGGGAUGGCCAUGUACUGGGGGACCUCGCGCUGGAGCUCCAUGGAGAUCAUGGAGGCGUACUCGGUGGCCCGGCAGUUCAACCUGAUCCCGCCGAUCUGCGAGCAGGCUGAGUACCACAUGUUCCAGCGGGAGAAGGUGGAGGUGCAGCUCCCUGAGCUCUUCCACAAGAUAGGUGUCGGAGCCAUGACCUGGUCCCCGCUGGCCUGCGGCAUCAUCUCGGGGAAGUACGAUGGGGGGAUCCCCCCCUACUCCCGCGCCUCGCUGAAGGGAUACCAGUGGCUGAAGGACAAGAUCCUGAGCGAGGAAGGUCGGCGGCAGCAGGCGAAGCUGAAGGAGCUGCAGGCCAUCGCCGAGCGCCUGGGCUGCACCCUGCCCCAGCUCGCCAUCGCCUGGUGCCUGCGCAACGAGGGCGUCAGCUCCGUCUUGCUGGGUGCCUCCAACGCCGACCAGCUGAUGGAGAACAUCGGAGCAAUACAGGUCCUUCCGAAGCUGUCGUCUUCCAUCGUCCACGAGAUCGAUAGCAUCCUGGGCAACAAACCCUACAGCAAGAAAGACUACAGAUCCUAAGCGCGCCACCUGCCGCGCAGCCCUCGCCGCCCGUUCGCUUGCUUACGCUUUGUUGGAGCAAAGUGGAGAGUGUGGUUUGCACCGCAAGCCCGACGCGCCGAGAGCCAGCGCUCCCGCCCGCGCUGCCCCGGAC